AACAAAAUUAUUAUACGUGACGACACACCAUGGGCACCGCGUACAAGUUACAACUCGCAACAGAACCCACCGCGCACGUUAGUUACUAAUAAUGGGCCAUAACUAAACGGCACGGCACUGGUACCGGUCCGGUCCCUCGGCUCGUCUUCCUCCGACAGUCCUUCACAGUCGUCUUCUUCCAGGCUACUGAGGGAAGCAGGGCCAGAACUUGCAGGUGUUGCUUCUUCGGACCAUUUCUUACUUCAUCCAAUUAACAACACAACACAAGACAGGAUUCCCACCAGACACGGUGUUGUUAAUGGCAGAUACAGAGGGCAACAAGAUCUUACUCCUUUCCAUUGACUGCCCUUUUGCCAAGCUUCCUGAUCAUCUAUUGAUAGAAAUUUUCAUUCGCGUGCCUGUUUUGGAGUGGACACAGCUCUCCACUGUUAGCAAGUAUUGGUCUAAUUUGUUCCGGGAAGAAUGCUUAUGGCAUGCCGCCAUUGUCAGGUGUUUUCCGCUGGCCGGUGAAGGUAAAAGGUGGCCAGGCCCUAUACCUCGUGGGAUGAGCAAAAGGAGGUUCUUUGCUCUAUAUACGGGUAAAUGUAUCUAUUCACUCGACGAUGAGCUCUGUGAGAUAGUAGGCCAUACAUACUUGUUUCUAAAGGAAGAGCUUGAAAUUUCUACUAUGCCUGCCCCAUCUGGGAUACUUCAUGGGACUAUUAUAGAUCAGUUUAUUGCCUGUGGUAAAUCGAGGGACAGGGCCCAUGAGCUAGCUUCUCUGAUUUGGUUGGCGGUUAUUGAGAAUUUGGAUGACAAUUAUCAAACAUUUCUCUUGCUCAAACGGCUUGCAUUUGAAGCAGAAAACUCUUGCAGGUGUUUCUACCUUACCCAUAUGCCAGGUCUGACAAAGUUGAGUGGAAAAUCUUCGAGAGACUUUUUUCAGAUUUUCGUGACUGCUUGUGUGGAGCAGAUUAUUAUGAUUUAUUGGCUUGUGCCAAACAGAAGUUUCAGCCAAUUCCACCUACUUGGCUGGGUUACUGAAAGUCUUGUGCUCGUGCUGCUGGUGUACACUCAACCCAAGCUAAGUGAACAUAAGAAAUUACAAUACAUGAACUUGUUUGUUUGUAUUUUCUAUUCAAAUUUGAAUUAUUUUCAAAUAAUCAAUUACUUCUGGAUGCAAUUUUUGGAAACUAUAUAUUAUGUCUAAUAUCUUGAAUAGAAAAUGUCUUUGAUGAGAGAUUACUUAUAGAUGAAAAGCAUUAUAUUGAAUUGCAUAUUAAGAAAUAUAUAGUAGUUAAAUUAUCUAUAUGUUAUUUUCUACAAUUUCCAUGGAAGCCUGGGGAGAUUGAUAUAUAUGUGCAAAGAAAAUGAAUGAAUCAGCAAUGCAAUAGAGCUUCAAGUGUGGUGCCAAAUAACAUUCAAUCCAUCUCUAUGCAUUUAAAAAUGGCAACCAAUAAUAUAUACUAUUAUUGAAUACAAGUUAAACAAACAAUUAUGCUGUUCACAACUUUAAGAAGUUCAGAGAACAAAGAACACACACUAUGACAGAUCCUCUAACUACUUAGUAAUCUGCAACCUCACAAUAACCCUCUGCAACCUCACAAUAACCCUGACGAUGCAUCUGUGACUUCGCUUGGAUUCCAAAAUAUAGGACAAUUAUUCCACAUCAAUCAAACUUCCGAAUUCUUGGCACCCUAUGUACACAUGAUCAUAUCAUCCCGAAUAUUUGUCAACAAGCACCUUAGCGUUAUCAGGUGCAAAGAAACGUGCCUGU